AUGAAGAGCUUCUCCAAGCGCGAGGCCGACCGGAGGACGUUCUUGGAGCAGGUCCGGGAAAGCAAGGAGAAUGGCUACCUCCUCUCUUCCAAAAAAAUCGGGUCGGGGGCUUUCUCCAAAGUCUAUCUGGGUUACGCCACCCAGGAGAAAAUGAUGCAGAACUACAAGCUGGCUUCAGACCUCAGGAAUAAGCGGCACUCUAUGGUUGCCAUAAAGAUAAUUUCAACAGCAGAGGCCCCUGUGGAAUAUACCAAAAAGUUCCUUCCAAGAGAAAUCUACUCCCUGAAUGUUACUUACAAGCACCUAAAUGUGAUCCAGCUCUACGAGAUGUAUAGGAAUAACAAGCGCACCUACCUGGUGCUGGAGCUGGCCUCCCGGGGGGACCUCCUGGAGCACAUCAACGCCACGUCUGACCGGAGGGAGUACCCUGGCCUGGAGGAGGAGGAGGCACGGAGGCUUUUCCGACAGAUCGUCAGCGCUGUGGCCCAUUGUCACAAUGUUGGCAUCGUCCACAGAGACCUGAAGUGCGAGAACAUUUUAUUGGACGAACGUGGCUUCAUUAAACUGACAGAUUUCGGUUUCGCCAACCGCUAUUCCUUGAAGAACUCCCUAAUGAGCACCUUCUGUGGCUCCGUGGCCUACACCGCCCCCGAGAUCCUCAUGAGCAAGAAAUACAAUGGGGAGCUGGCUGACCUGUGGAGCCUUGGGGUGAUCCUCUACGCCAUGGUGACAGGGAAGCUUCCCUUCAAGGAGCGGCAGCCGCACAAGAUGAUCCACGUGAUCAAGCAAGGCCUGGCCUUCCGGCAGCCGAUCUCGCCAGAGUGCCAGAAUCUCAUCGAGGGGCUGCUGCAGCUGAAGCCGGCGGCCCGCCUGGGGUUGCAGCAGGUGGCCACGCACCGCUGGAUGCUCCCGGCCACCUCGGCCAUCUUCCACCGGGUGAUGAGCUCCAUGGGAGUCCAUCCGGAGUGCUCCAUGGGCCAAGAGAAGCCUCAGACGGCACCAGGUACCGGAGCGGUCUCAAGCGAGGCUGGCGGCCCCUCGGCCCAGCUGCCGGACCUCGAGGGCCCCGCCAAGAGCGCCGAGGGCCCGGUCAAGGAGAGCAAGGGCUUCUCCGCCAGCGCCUACGUGGCCAGCAAGCGGCUGGGGGAGAAGGCGCCCGCCCGCGCCGCCGCCCUGGGCAGCGCCUCGGCCGGCCUCUCCAAGCAAGUGCACUCCCUCUACAGCAUGACGCCCUGCCCGUGA